ACCCUCAGCAGAACGGAAACAACAUGUUCUGUGGUCAGGCGUGGCCGGUGAGCCAGAUGUUCGCGUACAAGGCGUACUUCAUGUUCCUGAUGGUGGCGGAGUACGCUGUACCGUCACUCUGCAUGGCCUUGUGUCUGCUCUUCGUCUGGUGCAAGGUUUGGGGCCGUCGGUUCCCCGGGACCGAGAACGCGUCCAUUCGCCGUGCGAGAGAAAAGUCCCGUAAGAAAACCAUCCACCUCCUGGUUCUGGUCAUCAUGUUCGUGGUGUGCUGGACGCCUUACUACACCUACAGUCUCGUGCGAGACUUCUUCGACGUGCUGCAGACGUACCACCUCAACACAGACCUCUUCUACAUCGCAGAGGUCUUCGCGAAGAGCAAUAGCAUGAUCAACACCGUGGCCUACAUAGUUUUCAACGAGAACAUCAUGAUGUACGUGCGGAGUUUGGUCUCUUUCCUCCGUACACGAGCGGGGAAACGGCGCACGAUCAGUCGAUAUGGGUCACAGCCGACCCGGAGAACCAGCCUGCGGAGACGCCCCAUGAUUGUGCAGGUUGAAAUGGCGGUGUUGCCGACUGAACAUGAGGGCAGCCCGGGGAAACUUUGUUUGUCGCCCGUCCGCACCACUGCUUGUAGCGUUACCUCUACCCCGGUGGCGGUGCAUCGAAAUAAUGAGCCUGCAGUUGCCCACCAUACUCAGCUCUGAGAUCUGAUCCGACCUGAUCUCAGAUUGAUUUUUACUAAAAAAAAUUGUACACAAACUACGGUUUUUGCCAGUAUUACCUAGGAUCAAGCUUCUGUUUUUGCUUUGAUUAACCAUCUUUCUCUAACCAGCCCACCAGCAAAAUCGCAAUUUGCUUUGAUUAACCAAUUAGUGAUUUGUGAACAAAAAUAAAACGCCAUCGGCAUUACCACAAAAAAUCAAAGUAUUCUCACUUUGAAGUAAUUCAUAUGAUUUAUUAAUCUUUGAAACAGAAACUAGCUCUUCUGUUCAAAGAAACCGGGAUGUAUUUGAUACGAUGAAAACGAUAAUAAUCUAAAAUGGUCGUAAUGAGGGCACAAAUCGCAAUGUUUUGUUUUUUCUCCGCUAUAGUUUUCUGGAAUAAAAGGCAUCUCUCUGUGGUGUAAUUUACCUAAUUUGGAGAACUUAGAAGCGGGAAAUCCUGGUGUCACCUCCCAGAGGAUGAAGUGAACUAGAAACGUCUGUAUGGAUAUAAAAAAAAUGCAAUCUGAUCGUAAUAAUGUCAAAAAAACAAAUCGAAUAUCCUUAUAUUUGUUAUUAUACAAAUUGUUAAAAUGAAACAGCAUGAUUAGUAUCUUAAAAACUAAGCCCAUGUUGUUCUCAAGAAAACCGGAUCUUCUUUUUUACUCAACGAUGCAAAAUAAGAGUAAUGCCUAGGUUGAUAAACGAGUAAUUUGUGUAUUAACCAGCUUUUAAUGCAAAAUAAAAACUAUCUUUGUUAAUCUACUGAAUAGAAAUUACAUUCCCUUAAAAUGAAAGUACAUGAGAAAUCAAGAAAGGUCUUGCCAAAAAAGAGCAAUGUCGAGUCACUUAACCACUUUAACUUCACGUACUGUCAGUGGUGAAUUGACUUAUUUUCACUUAUUUCAUACUUUCACGUAUGAAAAAGAAAUGCCUCAUGAACCGCAAUGAGCAAUAUGCAUGAAUGGUGACACGUUACUUAGUGUCGUAGACGAUUUACGACAAAGCUAAAGCGUGACCAACGUUUCAAAACAAAUACCUAACAACAUUUUCCGUGCCGAUUUGUAUAAUGUACACUGACUUCCCCAUUAUCUAACAACGUUUGUUGUGUUCGGUCGAGCAAACAUCCUUCGCGACAACGUUGCUCGUUAAAAGCUACUGAGAUGACAAAACAAUUGAUGAAAUAAAAAAAAAGACGUCCAUUGGGAACCUUCUCUGUCUGAUUCUAUGUAACAUCCUCUUCCUUUGUAAAGAUAAUAUUGCUUUGCAAAAAAUGCCUUAAAGCAUUGCUAACGUCAACUAAACGUAAGAUUACUCGCUUGUUUGGUAGACCUUUGAACUUGUUUAUGUAAGAGAAGCUAUAUCAUCCCGCAGGCCUCUUGUCGCGAUUAACUUAUGCCUUGCAAUCUGAAGAAUACUUUCAUGUAGAACACUCACCUUCUUUAUGUAAAAGAUGAAAGAAAGCUUGUGGCUAGCGGCAAAUUCGCGUAAAACACUUACAAACACUUCCCUAGACUUGCUGCUACUGAAAUUGAGACCUAUUUUACGUAACUACGAAGUUUUAAUAAGGAGCCAACAGCUACGCAGCGAACAAGUCAUCCAGCUUGUUAGGUCCAAUUUAAAAGCAAUCAGCGAUACGCUUGACAACGUCGUCGGCAGACGUAAAUCAAAGGUUUCAGCUAAGGCCAAAAGGUGAUCACUAAAGGGCAAAUCUCUCUGUUGGUGCCCCUUGACACCACAACAACUGCUUCAUACAGAGGUAGCGAUUACAAAAGAUUACGCAGUUGCACGGAGGUGAAUUUCGAAGGCCAUUUGAUAUCAUGGUUAUUUCAAAAGAACGGAAUUGAAUUCCCAAAGACCUUUAGGUUUAAGUGCUGCAAAUAUACGAUAAGGAAUCCGAAUGACUAAC